AUUAAAAAUAUAACCAAUUGAAUGCUACGAUUAAUUUGCACGAUUUCCCGGGAAAAUCGAAAAAUACAACAUGGAUGUUGAUCAGAGCCCGAUAAUUAUAUUCUGCUCUUGUUUCAGCACCAUCAUACUGUUGAGAGGGUCGUGAGACCUUGUCAGACACACUCACAAUGUAAUGACAUUGUAGAACGUGUUGAAAAAUAUCGUUAUAAUGAAGUGCAUCAUUCCAGGAAUCAACGUGAAAGUGUUUGGAAGAGCCAUACAUUCCCUGGCCAAGAUUGGUGAAGAAUUAUACUUGGAACCCUUGGAACAUGGUCUUGCUCUCAGAACAGUGAAUUCUUCCAGAUCUGCCUAUGCCUGUUUUGUGUUUGCUCCUAGCUUUUUCCAGCACUAUGAUGAUGGUUCUGGGCAACUUAACUCCCAGGAUUCAGAGGAAGAUGUGCUCAGAUGUAAAAUUAACAUGAAGUCAUGUUUGACAGUGUUCAAAUCCCUGUCAACCAUUGAGAGGACUGUUGACAGGUGCAAGAUAUCCCUGAACCUACAGGAGUCUAGACUGGUAUUUCAGCUUUACUGCAGGCAUGGUAUUGUGAAAACCCAUAAUUUAUCUUUCAUUGAAUGUGAAACUUUACAAGCAGUCUUCUCCAAGGAUCUCUGUCCCAAUGCUUUUACAGCACAAGCAAAGCUUUUGAGUGAUAUUGUUCUAAAUUUCCAAAAUAACCAAGAGGAGGUAACCUUGAUUAUGAAGCCAGAUAAAGUUUUACUCAAGAACUAUGUGGAAGAUGAACCUGAUCCUAAAAAGGUGGUCCAUACAGAACUGGGUCUGGACCCAAUUGAAUUUGAUCAUUUUCAGUCUGGGGUAGACACAGAAGUCACCUUUUGUCUUAAGGAACUACGGGCCAUACUUGCCUUUGCAGAAGUCACAGCACUGCCAGUAUCAGCCCACUUUGAAUCAGCAGGAAAGCCCAUAGUCUUCUCAAUAGAUAGUGAUCCAAAUUUUGAAGGCAACAUAGUCCUCGCAACUCUUGCUGAGGACCUGUCCACCCAGGACAAUGCCACACAGCAGAGCACACAGAACUCACAGCCCAUCAAUAGAUCUAUGCCAAGUACAGCAGCCAAGAGGACAUCUUAUUCCAGUAAAAAGUCUUCUGUGUCAUCAACAAGUUUUGGGAGAAGAGUUAGUGGUGAAAAUCUGGAGAGGAAGAUGGCAAGUGGAGAUGCUGUCAAAGAAAGACAAGAGAAAAGUUCAGCUUCGAAACUUGAUGAGUCAACUGAGGGGUUCAGGGUCAUUAAACCUAUGAUGGGAGUAAAUAAUGGAGGAGAAGGAAGCACAAGAAAUGGGAGAGUGAACCUGUUGACAAGGACAGAGGAAGACCCGUGGGCACAGCCCUCAACCUCCAGUCCUGUAAUUCCACUGCAGAAUAAUAAACAUCUGCUGCACUCAGUAGGGGCUGACACCAGUAUGCCUGAAGUGACGCCACCUGGCAGUGAUGAAGAUGAUGAAGAAGACAUGGUGCCAGGAACACCUCCUAGCAAAAAGUUCAAGUCCCUGUUCUUUGGUCUGUCACAAGCUAGCAGUCAGGCAUCACAGCAGAAAGAAGCCCCAGUUCUGGCAGAGGAAACAGAUGACGAAGACAGUUGACACAAGCAGAAGGAAUCAUUGAUCUCGUCACUUGAAAAUUAGAAGUUAUUAUAAACUGGAGAAACUCCAGCAUAUUUUAAUGUUUUUUAACAAAAUGAAAUAAUGUGAAAGUUCAUGCACGAGCAAGUCAUAAUUUCAGCCCAUGCAAUGAUAAGUUUAAAAUUUAUUGCCAGCCAUUGGAGAUGUAUGGGCACUAGUAAUAGAAAUGUCAACUCAAACAGCCUUAUCAUUCUGAUUUUAUCAUAGGCAUGUGUAUUGGCAUGCAGAAGUCCUUCUAGGCAUAGAAUCUAUGCUAGCUAUAAUAAUUGUGUAAGAGCAUAUGUGAAGUGUGCAGUAGUGUAACCAUGAUAUGAGGGGCAAGAGAGAACAUCAAUUGUUUGUGGUAACCCCUCUGCUGGUUAUGUAUAAGAAAUCUGUUAAAAAUA